AUGCCGGUAUGUGCUCCCACUCACACAGAAUCCAUCUGUGCCAUUCCUAAUGUGGGCGUCCAGCUCGAGACACACCGUGGCCUACCCAGUGUGCCGCAAUUUUCACGCACAGAGCACACCUUUCUUCCCCGCGAUACGAUCCUCGACUUUUUCAUGCUGGAAGCGAUCCAACGCUACCAAAUCAUGGAUUAUGCUGCGAUUGCUACACGUACGCCCGGGCAUCCCGAGAGCGAGAUGCUGCGCGUAGUUUUCCCUCACCUGCGUCCCCCCGCUUCGCUGUACAUUCAAACUUACCAAAAGUUACACGAUGCGGUGUUACGCCACGCUCCCUCUCCUACACAUGCGCGUGUCGAUGCAAGCAAGAUUUGUAUCAGUGGAAGUUCGUCUGGCGGCCUCACCGUGCUCCGUGCACUCUGCGAUUAUCCAUCCGUGUUCUGUGCGGGGUUCAGUGCCUAUGGCGUAUGUGACCUUACGACACUUGCCGACAUUUCGCACAAGUUUGAGCAUUUCUAUAUCGAGAAUCUGCUUGGUGGAACUUCUGACGACAUACCCCAUAUUUACCGCGCACGCAGCCCCUACUAUACGGCGAGCCGUAUCAAGACGCCUGUGCUGCUGUGCCAAGGCAGCGAAGACAAGGUCGUCCCCCCCCAACAGAGCCGGCGUAUGGCUGAGGCUAUCAAGGAAAAUGGCGGUGCAGUAAUCUAUCUCGAGUUUCCCGGUGAAGGACACGGUAUGUUCUAUUUCUGA